AUGACGAAGGAGGACGUCGUGCGCCUGUUCGACGAGCACGAGAAGCGGUGGGCGCGCCUGCCCACGCUCGACAUCCUCAGCUGGCACUCCUUCCCGUGGCCGAUGCUCACCCAGCCGAACGAUCCCGAAGCGCUGACGUACGUCGGCGUGCAGGCGUACGUGCUCUCGCCGCACUGGCCGGGCGAGAAGACACAGAAGGAGCGGAUCAAGGACCUGCUCCGGAAGUGGCACCCGGACCGGUUCGAGACCAAGCUCCUGCCCAAGGUGCGCGAGGAGGAGCGGGAGCAGGUGCAGGAGGGCGCCGGCGCCGUCGCGCGCCACCUUGGGAAGCUGCUCAGCAGCCUGGCGAUCAGCGCCGAGAACGGCCUCUUCGGUUGA